AGUCCUAUUAGGUGACCGGGGGAGCGUUCCGUAGCAUCGGCUGGAAAGAGGCGGGAUGGGUAGAAGUCGCUCCAGGUCCCCGCCUCGCAGGGAACGUCGGCGCUCUAGAUCCACCUCACGAGAGAGGGAGAGGAGGCGGAGGGAGCGGUCAAGGUCCCGGGAGAGAGAGAGAAGAAGAAGCCGGUCCCGUUCACCACACAGGAGGCGAUCCAGGUCUCCCCGUCGACACAGAUCCAGCUCCCUUUCUCCUUCCCGACAGAAAGAAAGGAGAGAUGACGAAAAGAAAGAAGUCAAAGACUCCAAGGGCAAAGAGCGCCAGAUCACAGAAGAAGAUCUAGAGGGAAAGACAGAGGAAGAAAUAGAAAUGAUGAAAAUGAUGGGUUUUGCAUCCUUUGACACAACAAAGGGCAAGAAAGUGGACGGCUCUGUAAAUGCAUAUGCUAUAAAUGUGUCCCAGAAGAGGAAAUACAGGCAGUACAUGAACAGGAAAGGUGGUUUCAACAGGCCUCUGGAUUUUAUUGCCUGAUACUGCACUUGUGACACAUGAAAAGACUUAACUCCCAUCACUAAAUUGUCUUGGCAGCAGUACCUGUGGCAAAGAAGGCAAGGAGCUCAUUUGGAAAGAGCUUUUCAAAAUGACUUUUAUCUCCUAAGGGGACACGGUAACAUUUUUGUUUUUCUGAAAAUGGCCUCUGCUUGUCUUUCCCUUUUUUGUAGGUUUUAAUUUUUAAAUAUUACCAGCUAAAAUUAAAAAAGGAAAAGGAAGAAUCUGUAUUUCCUGGAGCACACUUGAAAUCAGAGUAUAAUUAGAGGAUAAGCAUUAGGAUGCAAAUUAGAUUUGUCUUGCUGAGGCAUGUUGGUAAAUACAUAACAUAAAUAUGCUGGUAAAUACAUAACAAGACUUUUUCCUGAGAAGUUUAGAGGAAAAAACUGCUUUUCAGCAGUCCAUCUACUUCACCUCCCAACUUAUUCCUAGUCCUGCUCAUGGUGGUUGUCUAGUAUCUUCAGUCCACUUCUUUCCAGCAGAUGGCACCGCAGUAAUUUUGGAUUUCAGAAAAAACAGCAUGCGAGAACUCUUAUUUUGUUUAUGUGAUUUUUGUGUAAUACUAUUGGUGAAUUUCUCCCAAUGUUCACAAAAAAAAUCUAACGUUUGCUUUUUGUGCAAUUGAUAGACAUAAUUCAUGUCACCUUCAGUAGGGAAUUUUUGGACUAGUGUGUAUGUGUUGGGGGGGGGGGGAGUGCUCUGUGCUCAUGAGAACAGUUAGCCUUAGUAAGAGCUUUGCCCAACAUGCUCAGGGAAAAACAACCAAUGCUGAGUGAUUUCUCCUCCCCCUUCCUAUAAGUCACUGAAACUAGUCGUCAUGAUAGAUUGUUCUCUGGAGGGACUAAAUACCAGUUCACAAAGGCAGGAGGCAGCUGUGUUGGAUGCUUGCACAUGCUGCAGUUUUUAAUGAAUGUUUGUGGCACCUACAAGGCUUAAGAUGAAGUGCAGAAGUGACGAAAGCAUAGGCAGAUGGAUAUGAUCCAUUAGCUCAAGCUCCCAUCUUGUAAAAUGGAAGACUUUCUGAUGGAUUGGGCACUGCAUAAGUGUAGGAGAGAGUGCCAUUUUGGUUUUUCAUCUUAGGAAAUGAAUACCAUCAGAAUUUUGCUCUUUUCCUUUAGAGUACUUACUGCUGAAAGCUGCAGACCAAGGCACAAUUAAAUUAGGAGAGAAAAGUGCAUAAUUCACCCAGACUUGCUUCUGAAUUAAAGAUCAGGCUUCCUUGUUAGUUGUUUUUCUAGUAUCAUGCACAGCAUGUUUUAACUGUCUUCUUCUACCUUCCACACUGAAUUUGACAGAGGUACAAUCCAGAUUAAAAUCACUUGCUCAGCUUCCUUUGACCUAGAAUGAUUAUGUGAUUUAUUCCUCCCCCACACAAAUAAAUGUAGAGUCCUAAAGCUAACAGGAUAUUGCUAGCACACAGUCCAAGCGGGUGUGCCUUGUGCAAGAUUAUCCCACAGACAAUUCUAAAGUCAAGCCUGUCAGAUCACAUAAAGGAAUUCUUGGAGUGUACACACUAGCCUGUUCUAAUAAAGUUCACUUGUCAUG